UAUAUUUCCACUCAGGCAAACAUCAGAGGCAGCUCAUCGUGGAGGCGCCAGACUCAAACCAGAGUAACUUUAGCUCACAAGAACAAAACAAACUGGACUAAAAGAGCAUUAACUGAGUUUAAAGAAGCGCAAAGAAGAGCUGAAAACAUCCCUGUGCACGUUUAUGAGAUCUGUCCUUCACUCUCUCCAUCAUGAAGACCUCCAAACCAGCACUGCAGACCUCUGCUCAGGAGGAAUGUGGUGUUUGGCUAGAUACUGUGCAACUGAAAGGAAAAGCUAAACAAAAGAAACGACCCGCUCGACCCAUUUCUAAAAUGCUGAAUCCCUUCGCUGGAGGCGGAGGAUACAGUUUGGCUGUGGCACUCAACUUCACUCAGACCAAAAUAGAGAUGCCAAAGACCAAACAGAGCUCUAUAUCAACCUUCUUCGCACCUCAGGGCAGAGUUCUCAAUAAGAUGUCUACUUCUGAAGUGCCAAACGUGGAUCCAGUGCAGCAUUGCUCAUCAUCUACCUCGUCUAUACAUGCCUUAACUGCAUCCUCACCUGAAAGGGCAUCAGGGACAAAACGAAAACGUGAAAUAGAUCUUGAAAUGUUUGACUUAUAUAACUCUGAGCCUGGUGUGGAUCAUGAGUGGGAAAGUGAAAAUGUGACUGAGCUUGAAGCAGCACUGUGGCAGAAGCAGGCAGCAGAAGGGCAAUUUGAGGAGAUAAAUCCACCACAGAGUAAGAGGAGGCUCACUGCAGCCUCCUCAUUGCCAGUUGACAGUCAACCUCUUCCACAGGCGUGGAGUCAGGACCCACUGCUCACCUUUAGCCAAUAUUCUGAAGGUGAAUUUUACCCGACUAACCAGAAAAACACAACAGCAAAGAACUUUAGAGACUCUGAGCCAAGUUUCCUUAACAGUCUACAAAGUGAGGACCCCUUUGGUAUUCAGAUUGACGUGGAAGGGAGAACCUCGACUCAAAAAUCCUUUAAACACUUUCAUUCUUCUCAGAUGGAUGAGGAGAAAGAAAACAGCAUGUUUUUGUCUUCUAAGUCCCCAAGAAAGCGCUCAACUCUCUCUCAUAUUGAACCUCUUUCAAAUCAUAAAUGGACAGAACCAAAAACUGCAUCACCUCGAAAACAUAUUCCAGUGAGCAUGUGGAAAAGGGCUGAUAAAGAGGAGAGCCUCGAGUCACAGUUCAAGUGGACAAAACCGAGCAGCUCUCCUCUAAAAAGACUAGCACCGCAGCUGUCCUGCAGAGAGGUUGAUGAGGACAGUUUGGCCAUGUUGUUCACCCAGGACUCUGAAGGCUUCAGGGUGAUAGCGCACAGAGGUCUGCAAGCUAGGAGUCCACUCAAAGAUCAGAGUAACAUAAGCUCUGGGACGGUGAGAACGAGCGCUUACAAAUGUCUUGUGGAGGAGGAUGAGGAAGACAAGAUGCUCUUCACUCAAGACUCUCAGGGAAAUAUGGUGAUCAAACACUGAAAGGAGCCUUUGAAACUCUAAUCUGGAUGUGGAUAUUUUGAUUUCUACUUUUUGAAUUAUUUAAAAAAAUAUCUGUUCUCUCCUCCAUGCUGAUAGAGCUGAAUAAACUGAACAGCAUAAACUGAAAUAUCUCGUUUGUUUCCAUAAUUACCUAACUGAUUUUUAGCUAAAAAUACUGAUAUUUUUCUGUGACUUUCUUACAUUUCUUCAUCUGUAAAUCUUUUGUAUUUUCCUGGAUGAUUUCCCUGUUGGACUUUGCUUGUGUUUGUGAUACCAUACACUGUAUUAUACGCUUGUUUUGAUCUCUAUGAUUCCAAAAUGUCUUUCAAGGUGCAGCUCUCUUUUGCAAUAACUCUUAACAAGCAAGAACUGAUGGGUUUUGAUUUUAUUUGAAAAAUGAUACAGAAUUACAUCAAUUUGUUUUCAUGUAAAUUAAAAGUUUUGAAAAGCAUUAGUGGUGUACACGAUCUUCUCUGUCUUAUGCUGGUGCCAUGUGCUACAUGUUAGUACGAAGUAAUAUAGAGACUAGGAAGUGUGAAAGCUACUACUGUCAGUUUACAGUCAGGGUACAAAUGCAGUGCUUGUAACUUGAUUUCUUAAUAUUCAGAGAAAUUAGUAGCCAAGUAUUUAGUUGAUUAUUUUAAGUUGAUUUGAUGCCUCCUGCAGAACAUGUGACAUUGUUACAUGUGUAUGAGCUGAUUGAUUAUACUGUACAUUCACUAGUGAGACUGUGACAUCUGCUGUUAAAGCAAAAUAUGAUGAGCAGUGUUGCAUAAAUGUCACUAAGUGCAACAGUACUACAUGACUACCAUGCACUAUACACAUGUAAAGAGAUAUCUAAGAUACACUUCAUUAGAUAGAAAAUAUACCAUAUAGUCCUUCCCUUCAUUCCAUGUUAUUUUUGUCUGCUUGGCCACUGAAUGUCAUAUGUGCAUGUUAUGUAAUCUUCAGCCUCUUCUGUAAAAACAAAUGUGCAACUACUGUGGUCUAUACUGUGCUUCGACUCUCAAACUGAAUAUGGAUAGAGCACAGUCAUAAUGUUGAAAUAUAAUUGCUUAUAUUUCAACAUAUUCUUACAUAAAUGCCUUUAUUGCUAUGGCACAGAAAUGUAAGAAAAUGUGAAUACAUUAGUUUUGUGGGACUUAAACCUGAGACAUCCAUUUAUUCUGUGGGGAUGUGUUUUGUAGAGCGGGAUAAUCAACAGUUUCAAAGUGCUACAUAGACAUGAAAUCACAAAUACAGGAACAACGAGCGGACCAAAUGUUAAUCUGUUACAGUAAUCCCUUUUUAUAUCUCGGACGGAGAGAUUAUUAUU